AUGCUUUUUCAUGCCUGCAACCAAAUGGGAAUGCAAUAUCUUUGGGUUGAUCCGCUUUGCAUCAACCAGAGCGAUGAAACUGAAAAGAUGAACCAGAUAAACCAAAUGGAUCGUAUUUACGCAUGCGCUCUUUGCACAUUAGUUGCAUUGGCAGGCAAAGAUUCAAACUAUGGCUUACCGGGAGUAACUAGGCCUCGCUCCUGGGCUCAUGAGACCGUGCAGAUAGGUGAUCUCACUCUAGCUACCCGAGCACCAAGUCUGGCAACGUGUAUAGACUGCAGCACGUGGUCUACGAGAGGAUGGACCCUUCAAGAAGCAAUGCUUUCCCCACGGCUUCUCUACUUUACUGAGUAUGGCACUUACCAGGAGUAUCCAGAUCCAGGAGUGAAGUUCGAGUCCAACGCACUCUGCGAGCCUGUUACAACAUAUAACUUUCCAACAGUAGACAAGCAUUGGAGUGUAGUGGAACAGUACACGACCCGACAUUUAACAUUUCCAUCCGACGCUCUGUGUGCCAUCUCUGCAGUCUUACGCGCGAUGCAUGGAGAUGAAGGCGUUUAUUAUGGGUUACCAAUUUCCCAGAUGGACCAAGCUGUUGUCUGGGUGCCCACAGGCAACGGUUCGAAUACCAAGAGAGACAGAUUUCCUUCUGGGUCAUGGGUGUCUCAUGACGGGAACAUAAUGCAUCCGCAUGUGUUAGCUGGACUCGCAAUCUGGAUGACUCCCAAGCAUGGAUCAAAAAGUGGGCUUAGCAUCUGUAAGCCUGAGGCUCGGAUAGGGAGGUCCAGUUUUGGUACACGCAAUGCAAUUGAUAUAGCAGCAGCCUGGCUGGAAGGCUGCAUCUCAAGCCAAUUCCCAAUUGACCCGUGGUUCAAUAGUGAGACAGUCUAUGCUCUGGAUGCUAGGUGGCCGACGUAUGAGGCGUUCUGGGUGGAUGCCUUUGGUGGAUUCGCAAAUGAUAACAUCAACCUUAUAGAACACUGCGAGCUGGCUCCCGGCCACAUCCUUGUCUAUGGCCAGGUCGCACAGUUUACAUUGGACACCUGCAAGUUUGGUAAAAGGCGCGACAUGUUCAUCAUCCGGUCCAGAGCUGGAAUACCAUCUGGUGCCAUUUGGAUAUCCGCAUAUAACGAAACCGCGCCUAUGAACACCACUAGAGAAUUUAUUGCAUUAUCAAUAGGAGACGGGGCAAUUUUGGGUCCUGCCUUAGACUUGGCAUUUGAGAAGAGAUUUACAGAGAACCCCGACCUGGCCGAUUUUGAGUUACAAUACCUGUACGGGAAUGCAGAAAUCCUUCCUGUUUUGAAUGCAAUGAUGGUUGAAAGAAACCCAGAGUCUAAUAUCGCCCGCCGCCUUGGGAUAGGGACGAUAUUUCUCAAGGAAUGGGCCGAUGCAGAUCGAGAGUUCAAAACCCUUGUUCUUGAAUGA